AUGUUGCCGUUCGACCAACACACUCCAGCCCCUCAAGCAGUGCGCCGGCCACCAUCGAAGACGCAGCUAGCGCGCCUCGCGGUGGACAGCAAGAGGCUGAGGGCCCGCGAGCGCGAGUCAACUAGAACUGCCGGAAACAACGAGGACCACGGAGUUCUUGCACCGACCGAUCGCGAACCAUCGCGCCCGCGCCCUUCCUCGUCUACUACAACCGCAGUUCAACAGCGCCCGAAGGCACAUCCGACUUCGUCAAAGCGUCAGAAGACGCAGUCCACGGCUACCUCUCGGCUCGAGAACGCUGAAGAGCCAUCUGGGGCUGCCCCGCGGCGCAAGCGAACGGCGCCAGCGACGACCAGAGCCGUAGACAACGCGGGACAUUCAACUUGA